UUAUUUCAGGUGUUCUCUACUGCCGCGGACAACCAAACUCAAGUGGGCAUCAAGGUAUUACAAGGUGAACGUGAAAUGGCAUCUGAUAAUAAGCUUCUAGGUGAAUUUGAACUCGUUGGUAUUCCUCCGGCCCCAAGGGGCAUGCCCCAGAUAGAGGUCACGUUUGACAUAGAUGCAAAUGGAAUGGUCACUGUGUCUGCCAAGGACAAGGCUACUAACAAAGAGCAACAAAUCACCAUUCGUUCAUCUGGUGGUCUAUCAGAGGAUGAGAUAGACAAGAUGGUCAAGGAAGCUGAAAUGCAUGCCCAGAAGGAUCAAGAGCGCAAGACGCUUAUUGAUCUCAGGAACAGUGCAGACACAACCAUAUACAGCAUUGAAAAGAGCCUGAAUGAAUACAGGGAAAAGGUCCCCAAGGAGGUGGUUACAGAAAUUGAGACAGCUGUUUCGGACUUGAGAGCAGCAAUGGGGACUGAAAACAUUGAUGACAUCAAGUCAAAGCUUGAUGCAGCAAACAAAGCAGUCUCAAAGAUUGGCGAGCACAUGGCUGGCGGAAGUUCUGGUGGUGCAUCUGGAGGUUCACAAGGAGGAGAUCAACCACCAGAGGCUGAAUAUGAGGAAGUGAAGAAAUAGAUUAGUCUAGGCAAAAUUGAAUAGUGCGUGAGAGAGACGGGGAGGGAGUUAUAGAUCUACUUCUGAAAAAUGAGUUUUUUUUUUUUCCAAUCUCAUCCCUUCCUUCCAAGUACUUUAUGUCCAGGCUCGACACUGACUGUACUAAACGGUCUUGUGGUGAUGUGAAUUUCUUAGCAUCUAGACUUUCUUAAGUAGACAGGUGAGUGUAUUUUUUGCCAAAAAUUCGGUGUUGAAAUCGACCAAACAAUGCUUUGUUUCCACAAUAAGAUUAUACUGUGCUGUCACCACUUUUGGCCUGCUUGAUUCGUUACUGUUUGUAGAUGUUUCUGCCUCUGAUUUAAGGCCA